CUGGACUCAACGAUGUCUUCGAACGCUGUGGCCGUCAGUCCCGAAGAGAUGUCAAGUCUGCUUACAAGUGGAUUCUGCGUCUGUGCUGUCUUCGCCUGGCUUGCGUACGACUGGCUUCUCUGUUUCGGGGAAGAGAUCCAACUCGUCUGGAACUGGAACAGCAGGCGCACCGGUGCAUCACUUGUUUAUGCCUUGAGCCGGUACAUGUUGCUCUUGCAAAACCUGCUGGCCGUUACAAGUAUAGUUCCGAUGUCUACCCUGAGGUGUGCACCUUAUUGUCCCUUCAUGUUCCUGUGUGCAUCUCUCAUGGCUGAGCUUAGCUGUAACGCGGUUGCAUGGAUGCAGACAGUCACAGCUGUCAUUGGCACCUUCGCGCCUGGCAUCUUCUCUGCAAUGCGAGCGUAUGCGCUCUCAGGGGGCAAUAAAUAUCUGUCUGCCCUUGCGGCCUUGCUCGCUAUAGGGCCUAUAGUCGCCCAGCUGGUUUCGUCUAUCCAGUAUCAAGCCGUGAAGAAUUUCCCCAGUCCUUUUAACUGUAGCACAGUCGACCGCGCGUCACCUUCGCUCGAUUGGACGUUUACACUAGCCCAGAGGGUCCCCUGGAUCGCUUCUGACGCUCUCGUUCUCGCCACUACCUGGUGGUUCGCAUAUCAAUCAUACCGUAUGCAGACCGGAGGUAUACACGGUCAAUCGCUCAGCUCU